AUGGAGAGUUCAAAUUCUGAAACGCCUCAGAAUAGGGCAAACUACGGCAAUGUUGAUAAUGAAGAUAUUAUUGUAUCUUUUGGAAGUUUUGGGUUGCAUGAGGGCGGGAAUACGAGGUUUCAAGCAAGUAGUUCUCAUAGUAACAAUGGCUUCGACAUCGCUUCAUCUCAUAUUCAAAGAGAAAAUAAUACUAAUGGCAGACUAUCAACGAACUUGGUCCCAGAUCAUUACAACAUCUGGGCAAAUCAUGGCUUUACUGCUCGAGGAGAGCAACUUGUUCAAGAUUUGAUGUCUGGUCCCGUAAGUUUUGCUGGAGGUUCAGACAGACAAUGGAGUAUCAACUCUCUCUCUGGAGAUUCAUUUACACCAAAUUCUGUUAACAGAAGAUCAAUAUUGAAUGAUUACCAAAUUUCAAGGACCACGACCCAAAAUCAGCGAAUUGAAAGAAAUCCAUCUUUCUUACGUAAUGGACAUUACCUGAACUAUGAUCAAACAAAUUCCGGUGGCUCGUGGAAUCAGAAUGUUGGACUACAUGGUAGAAGAAACAACCUUUACAGGACUGGUACAACUCAAUUUGCCUCAAAUCGCCUGCAGGAAAUUUUGGAUGAGAGAAAUCAGAUUCAGAAUCAGACACAAGUAAUACAUGAUGAAGUUCCUGAAUCUAUUUUCAAGCUGAUGGCAGAUGAACAAGGGCAUCGGGUCUUUGGAAAGCUAGUCGAAGAAAGCAAUGACAGACGGUUGCAUUCCAUCGUCAUGGCGGCCUCGUUGAACAGCAAAUUGUUUAUAGAUGUAGCAUUCUGUAAACAUGGUGCCAAUUCAAUCCAAAGACUAAUCAAAAAGGUCAAGAAGACAUCUGAGGCCUUUAUGGUGACAAGAAUUCUAUCCACUGGAUUCUAUGCAUUAAUGACUCACCAUAUAGCCAGGCAUGUCAUUCAGCAGUGCCUAAACCUCCUGGGAAAUCAGCCAAAUGAGAUACUCUAUGAACUGGCAAUAUAUUAUUUCCAAGAACUGGCUACCCAUGAAGUGGGAUGUAUAUCCUUGAAUGAAUGCAUCAAUAGCAUCAGUGGUUCUCAAAGAACGACUCUUCUCGAUCGUAUUGCAAAUGUGGCAGCUUACCUGUCAAACGAUCCUUACGGGCACUAUGUUGUGCAGCAUGUCCUCGCUCUUAGAAACGCAUCCGUUACUGAUAAAAUACUGCAUUAUCUCCAAGGUCGGUUUAUACAUCUCGCCCGGAUAAAAGGAGGCAGUCAUGUUGUAGAGAAAUGCAUAGAAUUUUCUGAAAGCGGGAUGUUAUGUGUUAUUAAAGAAAUUUUAGACAGUCAAAACGCACCUUCUCAUCUUGCUCGAGAUCAGUUUGGAAACUAUGUUAUUCAAAAAGCUCUAAAGAUCACCAAGCUUCGAGGCGCUACAUUGCUGUAUAAAUCUCUUUUUAUGGCUCUUGAACCUCAUAUCUCUGAUCUUGGAUGCACCAAGUGUGGAAAAAACAUUGCUGCUCUCCUUGAAGAGGAGAUACAAAUUCUUUGGCAAAACUUUCCAUCCAUAAAAAGGCCAAUGUAG